UAGAUAUCAAUUAAACAUUGACUCAAAGAUGAUCGUUUGAUGAAAUCCCAAAAGAGAAAAUCACAGCACAAAGUUCCAUCAAACGGCUAGUAAGAGAAACAUCUAUGGUGAUUUCCAUGAAGGCAACUGUAGUAUGCGCUGUUCCUACCCAGCUCUCCCUUCCCCACGUACAAUAAAGUUCAUUAAAAACUAUAAUAUGAGACCACCUGCUUUACUUUACCACAUUUAUAUGGAAGGUCACCACUUUGGCUUCGCUUGGCUUUUCAUGGUUUUCUACACCAACAACCACUCUCUCUCAUACAACGCGAGCCUGUUAAGUGCACGAGUCUGUCUCAGAGUUCAAUUAUGGAGAUUGCUAUGAUGUGAAGCGUGAGAGACAUUUCCAGAGACUUAGAAGAAAUAAUCUGAGAGAGGCAUUAGUAUUUCGAGUACUAUUUGCUGUGCUUCAGAUAAUUCCACAGAAUUGCUAAUUCUUCAACCUGAAUCAAUUGAAAGAAGAUUGGAUUGCAUAGAUCAUAGAAGGUCAUGUAUCAUUUUGGAACUUGUGGAAUAGCAGUGAAAUCAGUUUUUAUUGUGGAACUUGUGCAAACUUUAACUCUGCUAGUUUUGAUUUUGUCUAUUUAUCUAAUCUACCUGCGGUUGGGGUUAUUUCAUGUUCUCUAUACUAUUGCUUUAGGUGAAGUAAAACAUGGAGCGAAGCAGACUUAUAUUGAGGUUUCGCUGUUCUGGUUCAACACCCUCAGAGGAAUCAGCUUUGGACCUUGAGAGGAAUGGUUGCAGUCAUUCUAAUUUUCCUUCAUCAAGUCCACCUGCGCUUCAACCUUUUGCAUCAGCUGGACAGCACUGUGAAAGCAAUGCUGCUUACUUCUCAUGGCCUACAUCAAGCCGGUUAAUUAAUGCUGCAGAAGAGAGGGCAAACUAUUUUGCGAACCUACAGAAGGGGGUCCUACCUGAAACCCUUAAUCGCUUGCCAAAGGGUCAGCAAGCAACCACAUUGCUUGAACUCAUGACUAUAAGGGCAUUUCAUAGCAAGAUUUUGCGUUGUUACAGUCUUGGCACUGCAAUUGGCUUUCGUAUUCGACGAGGCGUGUUAACGGAUAUACCAGCUAUUCUUGUUUUUGUUUCAAGAAAAGUCCACAAGCAAUGGCUCAGUCCCAUCCAAUGUCUACCCACUGCGCUCGAGGGACCAGGAGGGGUAUGGUGUGAUGUGGAUGUGGUAGAAUUCUCGUAUUUUGGUGCACCCGAGCCAGCUCCCAAAGAGCAGUUGUACACAGAAAUUGUAGAUGACUUGCGUGGAGGUGAUCUAUGCAUUGGCUCUGGUUCUCAGGUGGCUAGCCAGGAGACAUAUGGAACUUUGGGCGCUAUUGUCAGAAGCCAAACAGGCAGUCAGCAGGUUGGGUUUCUCACAAACCGGCAUGUUGCUGUUGAUUUAGAUUACCCGAACCAGAAAAUGUUUCAUCCUCUGCCUCCAACACUUGGGCCGGGUGUGUAUCUUGGUGCAGUGGAGAGAGCUACUUCAUUUAUCACAGAUGAGCUUUGGUAUGGCAUCUUUGCUGGAAUCAACCCAGAGACAUUUGUUAGAGCAGAUGGGGCAUUCAUUCCUUUUGCUGAUGAUUUCGACAUGCCUAGCGUUACUACAUCUGUGAAAGGUGUUGGAGAGAUUGGCGAUGUCAAAUUAAUAGACCUUCAAUCUCCAAUCAGUAGCCUCAUUGGGAAGCAGGUGAUGAAGGUUGGAAGAAGUUCUGGAUUGACUAAUGGGACUGUAUUGGCUUAUGCCCUUGAGUACAAUGACGAAAAAGGCAUCUGCUUCUUAACUGAUUUUCUUGUUGUGGGUGAGAACCAACAAACAUUUGACCUUGAAGGAGAUAGUGGAAGCCUUAUAAUACUGAAAGGUGUAAAUGGGGAGAAACCACGGCCUAUUGGGAUCAUAUGGGGAGGAACUGCUAACCGAGGUCGACUUAAGUUAAAAAUUGGCCAACCACCUGAGAAUUGGACCAGUGGUGUUGAUCUCGGGCGCCUUCUCAAUCUCCUUGAGCUUGACCUCAUCACAACUGAGGAAGGCCUUAGAGUGGCAGUGCAAGAGCAAAGGGCUGCAUCAGCAACAGCAAUAGGCUCUACUGUUGGGGACUCCUCACCGCCUGAUGGGAUCCAUCCAAAAGAGAAAACCGAGAAGUUUGAGCCAAUGGGUCUCCAAAUUCAGCAUAUCCCUUUAGAAGUUCAACCUGGAAGCCCAGCGGCGAAUCCAUUGUCCAUGGAAACAGAGUUUCAUCUAGAAGAUGGAAUCAAGGUGGCUCCGAGCGUAGAGCAUCAGUUCAUUCCAAGCUUCCCUAGACGUUCGCCAUUGCAUCAAACUAACAUGAAGGAGAGACUAGUUUCCGAGAAUCUUUCUUUAUUAAGAAACGGCUGUGACGAAGACAUCUGUGUUUCAUUACAGUUGGGGGACAAUGAAGCCAAGAGGAGGCGUUCGGAUGCUUCUACUAGUACUAGUACCGAAGAAGGAAAAUAGAUUUGUCACUUGUAGCUUCAAACUUUGGGAAUAGGGUGGGAAAAAAACUAACACACCCAUUUCCUAAACCUCAAAAGUUUUAAAACCAUGUUGUUAACUGUAACACAGCUUAAACAACAGCCUUAGAAACUACAGAAAUUUUUAGAGCCACCUGUAUUUGGAGUUUGACCAACUUCAACUAAAAUUAGAGCUUUGCAAUUUUGUUCUACA